GAUAUAGUGAAUGCAGGGUCCGGGGAGAGCGGAUAUAGUGAAUGCAGGGUCCAGGGAGACCAGAUUAUAGUGAAUGCAGGGUCCGGGGAGACCAGAGAUAGUGAAUGCAGGGGUCCAGAGAGACCGGAUAUAGUGAAUGCAGGGUCCGGGGAGACCAGAUAUAGUGAAUGCAGGGUCCGGGGAGACCAGAUAUAGUGAAUGCAGGGUCCGGGGAGACCGGAUAUAGUGAAUGCAGGGUCCAGGGAGACCGGAUAUAGUGAAUGCAGAUUUCGGAGAGACCAGAUAUAGUGAAUGCAGGGUCC